AUGUUGCCAUGGCUGUCCCUUUCACUUCCGGGGUCGAGGGCGGGACGAAGCCCUGUGACCCGGAAGUGUUUCAUCGGCCACUUCCGGCGCCGCUCACGCUGCUGCUGUCCUGCGCUUCGGAAGCCGAUCUUGCUGCAGGGCCAUGAGCGGUCCAUCACCCAGAUCAAGUACAACCGCGAGGGAGACCUCCUCUUCACUGUGGCCAAGGAUCCUAUUGUCAAUGUGUGGUAUUCUGUGAACGGUGAAAGGCUGGGCACCUACAUGGGCCACACUGGAGCUGUGUGGUGUGUGGAUGCUGACUGGGACACCAAGCAUGUCCUCACUGGCUCUGCUGACAACAGCUGUCGCCUCUGGGACUGUGAAACAGGAAAGCAGCUCGCCCUACUCAAAACCAAUUCUGCUGUCCGAACCUGUGGCUUUGACUUUGGGGGCAAUAUCAUCAUGUUCUCCACCGACAAGCAGAUGGGCUACCAGUGCUUUGUGAGCUUCUUUGACCUACGGGACCCGAGUCAGAUUGACAGCAAUGAGCCCUACAUGAAGAUCCCUUGCAACGAUUCCAAGAUCACUAGUGCUGUCUGGGGUCCCCUAGGAGAAUGCAUCAUUGCUGGCCACGAGAGUGGAGUGCUCCACCAGUAUAGUGCCAAGUCUGGUGAGGUUUUGGUGAAAGUUAACAAUCACAGCAGGCAGAUUAAUGACAUCCAGUUAUCCAGGGACAUGACCAUGUUUGUCACUGCAUCCAAAGACAACACAGCCAAGCUUUUUGAUUCCACAACACUUGAACAUCAAAAGACCUUCCAGACAGAACGUCCUGUCAACUCAGCUGCCCUUUCUCCCAACUAUGAUCAUGUGGUACUGGGCGGUGGUCAGGAAGCCAUGGAUGUAACCACAACGUCCAGCAGGAUUGGUAAAUUUGAAGCCAGGUUCUUCCACUUAGCCUUUGAAGAAGAGUUUGGAAGAGUCAAAGGUCACUUUGGGCCCAUCAACAGUCUUGCCUUCCAUCCUGAUGGCAAGAGCUACAGCAGUGGUGGAGAAGAUGGCUAUGUCCGCAUCCAUUACUUUGACCCACAGUACUUUGAAUUUGAAUUUGAAGCUUAAGAAACUGGACUUUUAUCCAGGUCAGGGAAUGUCUUUUGGCCAGGAUUCAGAAAAUUUUAAACUCUAAAAAAUAAAUUAGUUUGGCAAUAA